AUUCUCAUAUUCUUUCUCCCGCCCGCACAGUUGGCUUCGAGCAACUGUACUCCUCGGUAGAGCCGUAAGCGCACUCGAGUGCUAGUGUCCCGCGAUACGUGAAGGGUUAUACCAGCUCCUGAAACCCGUGGCGCCGAUGUCGUUGCUCUACCUGUCAUCGAACAUUGUCGAAUGUGCUCCAGUGUCACUCCGUUGAAAUGGCGUCGGAAAGGUCACGACUCGUCGGAGUUCAGACACAGGAAACGCAUGUGUUGGUUAUUCCACAAGAGGCGUCGAUAAACGUGGACUCGGAUGGAGCGGUAGUAACAAGAGGGCUUUCAAGGGUUGUACGAGUAACUCAAAUCAGACGUAUCGUUGGCGUUCAGAGCGUUGAAGCGGUAGAAAACCAAGAAGAUGACUGCGCAUCAUGUUGUAAAGCAACGUUCCUCCUGUUGCUUGCGCUUGUGCUAGUUGCUGUCUCGCUAUCCAUGAUCAUCAUUGGGUCGCUCUACUUCAAUGAAUGUCCUGCUCAGAAGAAUAUUCCUAUUUACCUCGUCGUGGCCGGUGUUGUCCUGUUGCUAGUGUUCCUGAGUCCGUGUUGCCACUCAGAGUCUUGGGAGAGUUGUUACAUCUGCUUCUUAGGUCUCGCCUGCUUGUUCCUCAUGGCAUGGAGCAUUGCAGGGGCAGUGUGGGUGUUUAAUGUGGAAAGAGUGGAUACUAACGACCCUCUCAGCGCACAUUACUGCAACCACAUAGUCUACACGUCUGCGAAGUACUUUGCUGGCAUCGGUGCUGUCUUGAUAAUCGCCCUUUGUUGCUGCCGCUGCUGCUCAUCUUCUGGUUAAGGAUGUCAAAUAGAUGCCAGACUGCAGAAUGAAAAUAAGUGGCGUACAAGGUUCGACUUCUAGACAACGAAACGGGCGUACAUAAUCUGCGAUUAGAGAAUUGCAUGUGUUUCUAUGAUGUUAAUAAGUCUUCGUACGUUUGUGUUUCAAGUUUCUAUUUUUGUUUCACAAAUUCAGCGCACCGGCCAGCAACACAGUAAACAACAUUAUACUUGACGUUUCGGGUUCCAUACGGGUCCCAUCAUCAGAAGUGAGCCGUCCUAUCCGCUAAUCUGAGUUAUGUACUAGUGGGGUGUAACAGUCUGGGAGAGGGCCAGGGUGCUUGUUGAUAGUAUCUUUUGUUUUCUUUAUGUACCAGGAUUCGAGAUGCUUCCGUACACCCCAUUUGGUUUCCCGUGCAAGAAUGGAUGGAUUAUCAAGGUUUACCACGUGUCCUACCUUGCACGCGUGUUCACUUAGUUCAGUCCUGUUAAGCGCAGACUUCUCGAUAUCUUUCUUGUGCUAUUUCACCCGAGUCUUCAUUUUUCUUCCCGUCUCCCCGCGAUGUAGACCGCCGGCCAAUCUUGACAAUAUAUCUUGUAUACAACGCCCCUCUCAUCCUCAGGCGGCGUUCUGUCCUUUGGGUGACUAAUCAGGCUCCUCAGUGUUGAAAUGGGCUUGAAGUGAAGGUGGUCUUCACGUUUAUCUGAGACAGUACGCGCCUGAUGGGUUCCGCUAGACCUUUGAUGUAAGAAAUGGUGACAUAUAUAUGGGCUUGUCCUGGAUUUCAUCAUGUACCUCCGGGCGGGGCGAUAACAUUCUAUGGUAUGUGUCAUUAAUGAAAGAUUCCGGAUAGGCCCUUCUUUGAAGGUUUCUUUUCGCUUGGGUGAGUUCCUCCUGCCUCAUUUGGGGUUCUGAGGAGAUCUUAAUGGCACCUGAUAGGAGGGAACGAACUACUGACCGCUUCUGCUCCAGCCUCCUGUCGAGGUCAAACACCCAAGGAGGAGAACAUGACACGUGCCUACUUCUUAUGUAGGCUUCAUGUAGCUGGCGUGGAGCAACAAAGAUUUAUUAUCGGCGCGUUAUUAUUCAUUAUCAUGGGCGCGUUAAGUAGCUCCUCUCUUACUCCUUCUCGAGUGCUCCGAGUUUCGUGCUCCUGGAGCAGCUAUUAAACGGCACUUGGACGCUUGAACACACCUCGCUGUGCUGCCGUUUCUCUCUUUCUCUUUUUUGUACUCUCUCUGCCCUGCUGCCGCUCCACCGUCCUGCGUUCUCUUUCUUCGCUUUCGUGGGGAGGGGGGGAAAGAGGUCACGUGACGGAGCACGGUACCCCUUUUCCUUGCACCCUCCAAAAGGUGGGGCGUAAACAGCGCGCUCGCGUACGAAACUCGGACUUCGAGCGUAACCACAUAACGGUAGGAAUUCCAAACGCACGCGCUCCGUAGCAGCCACUUAACGCGCCCAUUGUGUCUGUGUGCUUAUUGUCCGUCGUCGUUCUCUUUUUUUCGUCGCUUUGGCGUCUGGUGGUGACUGCCCCACAUUCAAUGGAGUUAUGAAAUAAACGCAGAGGAGAGAAAUCAUCGUGAAAAUCUACAAUUUCGAAAUAAAUUAUCUAGUUACUGAGAAAAGUAGCUAGUUAGUUACGA